AUGGUUAUCGAAACUCCUGCUAAGGGUUCGGUGACUACUACUUCAGUUUGUUUGAAUUGUCCUCUGAUAAUCUUUGAUAAAGGUUUUGGCAUUGAUCUUAUUUUCUUGCCAUUGGAGAAUCUCGAUGUUAUCUUGGGGAUGAACUGGUUGGAGUUCAAUCAUGUUCAUAUCAAUUGUUAUAACAAGUCGGUGCGGUUUCUUACUCUUGGUGAGGAGGAAGAAGUUGAUUUCUUGUCUACUAGAGAGUUGAAUGAGCUUUUGGAAGAGGAAGCUCGGGUGUUUGUGUUAUUCACGGCGUUAUCUGCUAUGAGCCAGAUGGCGAUUGAUGAAUUACAGGUAGUGCAGGAUUUUCUAAAGGUGUUUCUAGAUGACAUUUCAGAUGUACCACCCGAGAGAGAGGUAGAGUUUUCUAUUGAUCAUAUCCCUGGUACCAGACCUGUUUCUAUGGCACCAUACAGGAUGUCUGCAUCGGAGUUAGAAGAGUUGAAUAAAUAA